UCCAUUUGAUAUGGUAUAAAUAGGGAUAUCAGAGGUUUAGUUUUAGUACUACCAAAUAUAUAUCGCUCAUUAUAGUAGCUGGUCUUAUAUCAACGCAGUUUCUUAGUUUGUGAAGAUGAGUUUCACAAAUUAUUCAACGGGUUCUGGAAGCAGAACAACUAGAAGACAGCUCGAAUUUGGAAGGACAUAUGUGGUGAAACCAAAAGGUAAACACCAAGCAACAAUAGUUUGGUUACACGGUCUUGGUGAUAACGGCUCAAGCUCUUCCCAACUAGUGGAAAAUCUUUCCCUCCCAAAUAUUAAAUGGAUAUGCCCAACUGCUCCUACUCGCCCGGUGGCUCUGCUUGGGGGAUUCCCUUGCUCUGCAUGGUUUGAUGUAGGCGAGCUUUCUGAAGAGGGUCCGGAUGAUACGGAGGGUCUAGACUCUUCAGCAGCAUAUAUUGCUAACCUGUUAUCAACAGAGCCUUCUGACAUUAAUCUUGGCAUCGGGGGCUUUAGUAUGGGAGCUGCAGCUGCGCUGUACUCUGCAUCAUGCUAUGCUCAGGGAAGAUACGGGAAUGGAAAUCCUUACCCCAUCAGCCUCAGAGCUAUUGUAGGUCUAAGUGGCUGGCUACCAUGUUCAAGGAGCUUGAGGAGCAAGAUGCAAUGUUCACAUGAGGCAUCAAGACGUGCUGCAUCUUUGCCGAUUUUACUCUGCCAUGGGAACUGUGAUGAAGUAGUUCCAUUCAACUACGGGGAGACCUCGAGCCACGUCUUGAGCUCGGCUGGAUUCCGAUACCUGACAUUCAAAACUUACGAGGGGCUUGGACAUUACACGGUGCCUAAGGAGAUGGAUGAGGUCUGCAGUUGGCUACGUUGCUGUUUGGGGCUUCAAGGCUCACGCUGAUAAUAACACUGGAUGCGAUUUUGGGCGAAAGAAAAAACGGCAUAAAUUCUAUAUAUACGAAUAGAGAGUAGAUUUUCAUGUUUUGAGGCCUUUCAUGAUACUAUAAUAAAAGUUUUUUCUCUCAUGCGUCCAUUAACAGUAAGAAUGGAUAUAGAACUGAGUUUUUAUCAGGAGCGAUAUUAGAAUUGUUUGGCUAAGCAUAUACA